GCUGGCUGGCGGUGUCCGUGAGUCGUCCCGCGGCAGCGGGGAGCGCCAUGGAGCACGUGACGGAGGGCUCCUGGGAGUCUCUGCCGGUGUCGCUGCACCCCCGGGUGCUGGGUGCGCUGCGGGAGCUGGGUUUCCUGUACAUGACGCCGGUGCAGUCUGCAACCAUCCCUCUGUUCCUGAAAAACAAAGAUGUUGCUGCAGAAGCGGUCACGGGUAGUGGGAAGACUCUCGCUUUUGUCAUCCCCAUCCUGGAAAUUCUUCUGAGGAGGGAAGAGAAGUUAAAAAAGAAUCAGGUUGGAGCCAUAAUCAUCACACCCACUCGAGAGCUGGCUAUUCAAAUAGAUGAGGUCCUGUCUCAUUUCACGAAGCCCUUUCCACAGUUCAGCCAGAUUCUCUGGAUUGGAGGCAGGAAUCCUGGAGAAGAUGUUGCGAGGUUUAAGGAACAAGGUGGGAAUAUCGUCGUGGCGACUCCAGGCCGCUUGGAGGACAUGUUCCGGAGGAAGGCGGAGGGCUUGGACCUGGUCAGCUGUGUGAGGGCCCUGGAUGUCCUGGUGUUGGACGAAGCAGACAGACUUCUGGACAUGGGGUUUGAGGCAAGCAUAAACACCAUCCUGGAGCUUUUGCCAAAGCAGAGGAGAACAGGCCUUUUCUCCGCCACGCAGACACAGGAAGUGGAGAACCUGGUGAGAGCUGGCCUCCGGAACCCUGUUCGGAUCUCGGUGAAGGAGAAGGGGGUGGCUGCUAGCAGCACCCAGAAAACCCCGUCCCGCCUGGAGAACUACUACAUGGUAUGUAAGACCGAUGAGAAAUUUAAUCAGCUGGUACAUUUCCUUCGAAAUCAUAAGCAGGAAAAGCACCUGGUCUUCUUCAGCACCUGUGCCUGCGUGGAAUACUACGGCAAGGCCCUGGAGGCGCUGGUGAAGGGCGUGAAGGUCAUGUGCAUUCAUGGCAAGAUGAAGUACAAGCGCAACAAGAUCUUCAUGGACUUCCGCAAACUGCAGAGCGGGAUUUUAGUGUGCACUGAUGUGAUGGCCCGAGGAAUAGAUAUUCCCGAAGUAAACUGGGUUUUGCAGUACGACCCUCCCAGCAAUGCAAGUGCCUUCGUGCACCGCUGUGGCCGCACGGCCCGCAUCGGCCAUGGCGGCAGUGCGCUCGUGUUCCUCCUUCCCAUGGAAGAGUCAUACAUCACCUUCCUGGCAAUUAACCAAAAAUGCCCCCUGCAGGAGAUGAAACUCCAGAAACACACAGUAGACCUCCUUCCAAAGCUCAAGUCCAUGGCCCUGGCCGACAGAGCUGUGUUCGAAAAGGGCAUGAAAGCUUUCGUGUCGUUCGUCCAGGCUUAUGCGAAGCACGAAUGCAGCCUCAUCUUCAGAUUAAAGGACCUUGACUUUGCUGGUCUCGCUCGAGGCUUUGCCCUGCUGAAAAUGCCCAAGAUGCCAGAACUGAGAGGAAAGCAGUUUCCAGAUUUUGUGCCUGUGGACAUUAACACGGACACCAUUCCAUUUAAAGAUAAAAUUAGAGAAAAGCAGAGGCAGAAACUACUGCAGCAACAAAGGAAAGAGAAAACCGAGAAUGAAGGGAGAAAAAAAUUCAUAAAAACGAAAGCUUGGUCAAAGCAGAAGGCCAAAAAGGAAAAGAAGAAGAAAAUGAGCGAUAAAAGGAAGAGGGAAGAGGGUUCUGAUAUCGAAGACGAGGACAUGGAAGAACUUCUUAAUGACACAAGGCUUUUGAAAAGGUUUAAAAAAGGCAAAAUCACUGAAGAAGAAUUUGAGAAGGGGUUGCUGACAAGUGGCAAAAGGUCAGUGAAGACAGAUCUUGGGCUGUCAGAUCUGGGAGACGACUGCUGAUCCCAGGGCCCCAGGUGAGCAGACCCCACAUGGGGC